CUCUGUCUGACUCGGCCCCUUCAACAUAUCUCUCCUGGACACGAGCAUGGGCCUACCCACAGAGGACACAGCGUCCACACAGCUGCUCAACCAACUGCUCAACGACACGUCCAGCGCGCGCAACACACGCGUCCACAACUGGAUUGAGGAGCAGUAUGACUUUGCCUUGACCGAGCACGCCGCUGCGGAGGCAGACUCUGGCGACAACUGGACCCUAGACGAAGACGACGAGGACGACGCGUCCCAGUUCAGCUUUCACGAGUCACGCGUACCUUCACCCGUCCCCUCGAGUACCAUUGGUGCAAAUCGUGCUUUCAGCUUGAGCAUAGAUCGGCCCGACUCCCCCGUCAUCCCUGAACACGCGGCGCGCCUCGAUGCGGAGGCAGAUGCCGACGCGCUUCAAGGGGACGUCAAGACUCCUACCGCUGACAAGAAGCACCUGCCUCGUUCCCGUUCUCGUAAAGAACCUGCGCCAUCAUACGAUGACCUCUUCUUCCCCUCGACGGGGCGCCAAUUGACGGAAGAGGAGACACUGUUUGAGGACGAACGCAAUCGUGCCUUGAGGUUCCUUGUCAAGGAGAUGGCGGGCUGGGGAUUGGAUGUAGGCAAUCGAGCGCCACAACGUUCCACGUGCAAAUCACCGCGGACACCCAAGAAGUCUCUGCAGGAACGGGGCCGACGACCUCCUCCGCCGACACCUCGCCGCGAUCAGCCAUCGUCGACGUCGGACUCACCGAGACUGGUUCCCCGGAUGCCCUCGUUCACGCACUCGGCUGCGACAUCAUCUCCCUCGACUGUUCCCACCGCGCUCGUCGAGGGCCACUCGGCGCCCCCAUCAAACCGCACCAGUGCACAAGCCAACAAGCCCUCGGAAUGCCCCGAACAGAGCGGCGAACACAUCGGACUGGCGCCUGCUGCGGUAAGCACCCAGAAGCCGCGGCGGCCGCGCGCCUCCUCAGAUGUACUGGGCCAUCACCACGGCCAGGCGACCAGUCACUUUCGUGUGCCUACGUCUGGCUCGGGCGAGUUCGCCAAAUCAGGCUCGAGGAGUCCGCGCCAGAGUCUUACCUUUGCGGCGAACAUCGCGCUGCCGCUCUCACCCACGCUAUCGACGGCAUCAGGGUCAGGGUUCGAGAGGAUGGCCCGCGAGAGCCUUUCCUUGGACGAGGUCGCCGCUCAGCACGCUACCGGCCCUAAAUUUCCUUAUGAGGAAAGCAGUGCUGCCGCCACCGCCACUGGAGGUGCACCUGCCAGCCCCGGCCCGAUUCCUCGUCUGGCCGUUCCUCAGCUCGAGGAGCCGCAGAGCAGAUGGAGCGCCGCGUCCUCGCUCGAUGUCAAGGGUGCGCAACAGCAGCAGCAGCAACAAGAGCAACAGCAGAGGCCGCCGUCUCCGACGAAGAGCAGCUUCCUUGGACGCAUGACACCCAAGCGAGAGCGUGCCCACACCUACACGAGCUCGAGGUCUGCGAUCGAUGAAGCUGAAGGAGGGGAUGGACGAGACGCGCUCGGCGUGCCCGGCCAGGCACCCCAGAAGCGCUCCAGGCUCAUGAGUCUCCUCGCGAAGCUCUCACCUCGACCUGACCUGCCCUCCUCAACUCAGUCCAGCGACGCUCCACCGGUGCCCGCACUUCCUGCGCAGUACGCCAGCAUGGAUCCUCGCACGCCAGAGAUGGAGAAGGCAGACCCCUUCGCGCGCGAGAAGCCUAGUCCGCCGACCAAGACGCCAGGGAAGAAGGCCUCGCUCGCGAGUCUCCGCCAGUCGUUCUCCAUGUCGCGCGCCUCAUUUGCGAGCAAUCGCAAUCCAGGUGUUGUAGAAGAGGAAGUUCCUCCUCUGCCUCGGCCAAGCAUCUCGUCGAUGAUUCCACGGACGAGUAUCGGCGGAGCCAGUCUCGUCAGUGGUACUUGGGUACCCGAAGACGCUGAAGUACCUCCCAUGCCCCAUAGUGCCACGAGUGGCACCUUCGUCUACCCCCCGGUCACAUCGCCCACACUCUCCACUCCGAGGGCAAACGCAGAGGCGACGCCUGCGUAUGAAUACCAGGCGCUGCCAUCGCCGACAAAGUCCACGAACACAGUGCUCACCGCCCACGCUUCCACCGUGAACCUAAACUCUAGCAUGCCAUCGCCAUCGCCAGCGCGCAGCAGCUUUGACCUGCUUGUGCCUCCCCAGACGCCGUCGUCGACCACUGCAUCCACGCCUACCCCCACGCUCGCGAGCAUGAGCACACCGAACCUGACUCCUACACCCACCCCGACGAGCACGAGUUUCUCGCACGCCGGUCUUGGCACGCCCACCUCUGGGAUUGGUUAUUAUUCCGGCGCACGGGCCUUGGGCCAGCAGGGAAGCUACGUCAGCCUCGCUUCCCAGGGCUCGGGUGGUUCCAACAGCGGCACCUCGAGGAUCCCAAGCGCUUCGAGCCUGCGCAGCGCUCCUUCCAAGGGCGCGCUUGCGCCUCCCGCAGUGCCCGUUCCUGCUGUCCCGCCCAAGGAGGAGAAGGCACCCAACCGCGGGCUGUCGCUCUUCGGGAGGAAGAACCGCGCGCAGGCGAAAUCGACCAUCACUGUCCCCCAGGUCCCACCGAUCAGCACUACUACGACGCCGGUUUCUGCUGCUGCCACUGUCACUUCCCCGACGGUCUCGCGUAUCGGAGCUCCUGCGACAGGUCUACCAAAGCCCCGCGCUCGUGUCCCACCCCCGCCGCUUAACCUCAGCUUGGCGUCGCCGUCGUCUACCAGCGCACUCCCUAUGCGCUCUGCCAUAGCUUCGGGGCCAAGUCCUCCUCCUCAAUCGUCCACGAUGAGCCCCGGCUCGCCGCCUGGCUCGUCGAUGCAGAUUUUGAGAUCUCCUUCAGCGACCGAGACGACGAAGAGCAAGAUCGGCUCGCCGACGCUGUCCAAGACGGUCUCUCCGCCGUCGGGCAAGUACACGUUUGCCUCGUCCCCCACGCCGCCGAGCAGAAUCGCGCUCCCGCCGCCGCCUGCUAGGCUGCUUGCUGUGCAGCAACAGCAGCAGCGUCAACAGCAGCAGCAGUACAUGACUCAGGAAGAUGACGACGCAACGAGCCCCGGCCCGAGUCCGCUCUCGGCGAGCCCUCCGCCCGUGCCGCCCAAGAGCAGCCAGAUUCCGAACGCGGUGCCGAGGCUCACGACGCAGCGCUCCUCGCCGAGACUGCAACAACAGCAGCCGUCGCAGAUGCUCACGGGCGGCAGCCGUAUCGGUACGCUGCAUGGCUCGCGGAGCGAGGCGUCGCUUCUGAGCGCGGCUUCUGCGACGAUGACGCGUGAGAGGGGCUUGACGGGGACGCCGCUUAAGGUGGUCGAUGAGAUGGGCUUGCGUAUUGUGGGUGCCGGGGAGAAGGACGUGGAGAGGACGAUUACUACGAACGCUGGCAGCAAUGCGAACAAUGGUGGUGGGAAUGGAGGAGGGAAGACGACGAUGUUGCCUGUUCCGAAGAAGAGUUUCUGGAGGAGAGGUUGAGUCGAUCGACCUCGCGUGCACGCAUACAUCCUGCGCUACACUGUCAUUUGCUGCUAUCACCGUCCUCAACACCCCCACCACACCACACCAUCGUACAUACCUAACUCCACCCUCUAUUCACAGGCAUAUCCGCACGGCAUCGCACCGCACACACAUUCGCAUCGCUCUCUAUCUUGUUCUCUUGGUUUCCGGGAUAUUUUUCAACAAAAACAUCCUACGCUAUCAUCACACGCUCGUUAUAAUUUAUGCUAAUAUCUUGGGUUAUACUGCUCGCAUUUUACUGGAUCCGCUCAUACUCCCGUUCCCUUCCUCCCGUUCCCUCCUACCCACGCUCCCUCCCCGACACUCACUUCUCUCUUACCUCACCUCUCGCCGUCGGCCGAACCCCCCUCACCCCUGGGAGCGCCUCCGUACAAAGUGUACACACUCUUCGUCUCCCCCUCUGGGCUCGCACGCUCGUUUGCUUCUCUUUCUUGUUCGUGUUUCUUGCUCGCUUCUCGCCUGGAAUCAUCGUGGAUCGGACCUACUCGUUCGUUGGUUCUUUCUCUGUAUUCAUUCUUCGUUGGAAACCACUGUUGUUGGAUCUACAUACUGUAUCUCUCGAGUCGCGUUCCUUCCUCUCUCCCUCUUCGUCUGUGCCGCGUGCUUUUGCUUCUCUGCGAUAUUGCCUCCCUUCGUCACUCCCGCCCCCCGUAUUCCGCCCUCCCCGUCAUUAUUCGCUUCCCCGUUUCCCGCCUCCCGCUUGCCCGCCAUCAGUUUUGCCGCUUUGCUUUUGCCGCUCUUCUCUCUCUCCCGGUUCUAUUCCCGCAUCAAGGACAUGUACUAUUCUAGAUCUCGUGUGUACAUAUAGCCGCUCUCGAUCGUCUCUCUCAUCUAUCCACAUCAUCUACCCCACUAUCUUAUUACCCUUGGCUAUUAUUCCCGGUCCUCAUCUUGCUAUUUCCGGUUUCAUUCUUCCCGCACUUGCAUUCGACAUUGUCAUCCAAAAAACCACAUCAUACAUUAAAUCAAUCAUUCAACCAUCAUCACUUCUUGCAUCGACACUUUCAUUUCAUUACUUCGUUUCUUGCAUUUGACGCAUUCGCUGUCGCAUAGCUAGACUAUCGUUAUGGAUUCUACUUGCUUCAAUAUAGAAUUGAUUCCUGGACGGAGAC